AUAACGAUUCCGAAUCAUAGAAUUUGUUAUUAUUAAUGAGAUCCAAAACAUAUCGUUUUAACGCUAUGCGGACUGCAGGAUGAGUAGCUUAUUGACUCGAUGCUUCCAUAGGGUGAAGUCUUAUCAACGUGUCUUUGAAGUAGGGAACGAAUUUCUUAUAAGUACCUUGAGGAAGGUACGAAUAGAAGACCUCACUCCAUCUUCAUUUCAACCAUCUUUCACUCACCCACCUGUCUUCGAAUCUUAUUCAAAUCAACAACGUCAUCAAAACUAACUAUCCAUUUUUCUAAUCAACGAAAUCAACAAUCAAAAUCAACAAUCAGCAUGUCUGACAAGAAAUUGAUCGUCGUCUUUGGUGCUACAGGAAAUCAAGGUGGCUCAGUUGUUGAGCAAAUUCUUUCUGAUUCAAAAUUCGAGCAGAGUUGGGCAAUUCGAGCCAUCACUAGAGACGUCAAUAAGCCUUCGGCAAAGGCCCUCGAGGCUCAAGGUGUUGAGGUCGUUGCUGUAAGUUUCAUAGUAUCUUCGAUCUUGUAUGAUUCGGAACUAAUAAAUAUUUAGGCAGACUUGGACGCUCCCAGCACUCUGAAAGCUGCCGUAAAGGGUGCAUAUGCUGUUUUUGCCGUUACCAACUUUUGGGAAACCUGUGAUCCUGAGGUAGAGAAGAAACAAGGAUUUGCAAUUGCAGAUGCCGCAAAGGUACGAAAUUGAAUUUACGCAUUGAAUUGAGAAAAUUGGGGUCUAAUUUGAUCGGCAUAUAGGAUGCUGGUGUUCAGCAUUUGAUCUGGAGUUCAUUACCGAGCGUUACAAAGCGUAAGUAGUCCUCCUAUCCAUUCUUAACACCUGCCUUCAACAAUCCAUAUGGCUUUUCUGUAUUCAAACCUUCUGCUGCGAGGUCUUCAAGCUCAUCAAUUCUUUGCAGUCUCCAAGGGACGUUUCACCAAGGUCGCACAUUUUGACGCCAAGGCCGAAAUCGAGGAUUAUAUUACAAAAAUUGGAGUUCCUGCGACUUUCUAUUUGGCUGGAUAUUUUAUGUCCAAUCUUCCUGGUUAUCACUUACAGCAAAUGCCAGAUGACAAGAAGUGGAAGAUUAUCCUGCCAUGUCCAGCUUCGACUCAAGUUCCACUUGUUGCUACUGGUGAGUAACUUUGCACUACAAUCUUGUGAGAAUCAUUCACUCACACAUCACAGCCGAGGAUACUGGCAAAUUUGUGAAAGGGAUCCUCCUUAACAGAGAGAAGGUUCUUGGAAAGCAAAUCCUUGGUGCCACUAACUAUGCCACCUUCAGCGAGAUUUUGAACGAAUUCAAGGAACAGUACCCUAUCGCUGGUGAGGGAGCCGAGUUUGUCCAAAUUUCUUACGAGGCCUACAGGGAUAAUCUCGCCAGCGAGGGUAGGAGUGCCUUCAUUCAAGAUGACCUCGUCGACAACAUGAUGUGGAUAUCUGAAUCUGGCUACUACGGAGGUGCUACUUUGGAUGAAAGUCACUCAGUAAGUUCUUCUGAUGGGAUAUAUCUGGAUUCUCAUACUGAUACAUUUCAUUUAGCUUUUGGUUGACAAAUUGACUACAUGGAAGGAAUACAUGGCCAAGAGCCCAGUUUUUGCCGAGUUGAAGUAAGGUUUUAAGGGUCUUGAUUAGUCAGCAGGUUGAAAAGGGGGGUGUCUCGUGGAGAUUUCUAAUUAUGGAUACAAUCGCCUAUGUUUUUAAACAUCAACCACUUGAGCAAUGCCAACUAUAUUCCACGUAACUUGAUCGCAAUGUAAUUUGUGCUUUGAAUUAAAGAGGUAAGUAGGUAGCUACUGGGUUAGUAACAUUUUAUCAACAGCAUUUUGAUGAUGUGAUGAUGAUAGAAGGAGAACCGACCUAUCUUACCUACUGUACAUAA